CCGAUCUAUCUAUUUCUUUUAAGUUUAGCUUUACUCUUAGUUCUUAUCAUACUCAAUCUAAGUAUAUUCUAACUUUCCAUGGCGUACCUUUUCUUACUUCUUCCCGCCCUAAUCUAUGAAUUGAGUACCCGGCUAAGUUAUAUAAGGUACAAUAAUGAUGUGAUAGAUGAAGAACCCGAUCCAACUUAAAGGUCCCCUUUUUUUUAUAUUAUUAAUCCUCUUCUCCCGCAAUCUACUAAUCCCAUGGAGGUAAGAUAGAUAGAUACCUACAUAUAUAUAUGCAGGCUAUGACUUUGCGCGAACGCGAUUUGCUGUUCCGAAUCGGUGUAUAUAUACGGUAAGACAAACUACGUAUAUGUACUCGGUGAGAUAUGAUAUAGUCGUAGUACAAGUACAUGCUUUUUUAUUUUUACUCUUCUCCUCUAUCUCCUCUUUGUACACGCGUUCCCCCUCUUCGAUAUUCCCUCGCUCUAUAUAUCCUCAUAUUUUCUCUGAAUUACUAUAACAGAAACGAAAGGGAAAUUGAACAAUAGAUAAGAUGGCGAGCAACGGAGUAAAGAACGGCGUCAAGAAUGGUGAUGCCGGAGAAGACGGGUGGUACGACCCGACUAAGAUCUGGACUACACUAUUGACAAACCGCGGCUAUUUCGGUGGUCUGUUAGUUCUUCAUCACUCCUUACGCCGCCAUCGGAGCAAGUACCGGCUUGUGGUCAUGGUCACACGCGCCGUUGAGGACGAUACCGAAUACAUGGAAGCCUUUGCUGCUGCCGGCAUUCCCACGAUUGUCGUCGAUAAGAUCGAGCCUGCACCUCGUGAUGGCAAGAUUAAUAAGGGUACUUGGGAGAAGCUAGCUCCUUGGUCUUUCACGCAAUAUAAGCGCGUGGUCCUCCUUGACAGCGACCAGAUCAUCUUGAAAAACAUCGACGAUAUGAUGGACGUCGAGAUUCCCGACGGCUGGAUCGCAAGCACGCACGCCUGCACAUGCAACCCGCGCAAGUUGCCUCAUUACAGCAAAGACUGGGUUCCCGCAAACUGCGCCUUCACAGCCGCCAACCAGGAGACAGGGCAACCAGCCGCUAUCACACCUCAGAGUCCUAACAACCACCAUCUACUCAACAGUGGCACAGUAAUCCUAGAGCCGUCAAAACAACAGUACGAUGAUCUGAUUCAUGCCAUGAACACGCACCCCGACGUGCCGAACAUGAUCUUCUUCGACCAGGACCUUCUCGCCAUCGUGUACCGCGGAAAAUGGAAGCCCAUUCCGUACUACUACAAUGCGCUGAAACCGAUGCGCGAUUGCCAUUCUGGACUUUGGAAAGAUAGCGAUGUGAGGAUUUUGCAUUAUAUCUUGAAUAAGCCAUGGAAGAGCCGCGCGUAUGAUGCGAAUGAUACGAUUGAAUCUACGCAUAAAUUAUGGUGGGAUGAGUAUGCGCAGGUUGAGAAGGAGUGGACGGGGAGUGGGGAUGGGAAGAAAAGAGAGUUGUGGAAGAAUGUGGUUGUUCCUGUCGUUGCGCAGGAAUAAUUUUCUUUGUGAAUUUCUUCGUUUCCUUAUGGAGAGGAUCUUGUGAUGGCGGGAGGGAGUGAUUUGUAUACCAUAUAAGUUUACGGCAUAGCGGAGAUAUCCAACUAUGUUUGGACCUUUGGGCAUUUAGGAGGGUGGGCGGUUGGGAUGAGAUUUUAUGAGUAUACUGCACGCAGGAUAGAGUAUUAUGAGCAUUAACUACAGUCCGUGGCGGAUGGUGCCACGUUAUUGAGUUUGACGUAUUGUUUACUUGAA